AUGUCACAACCACAAACUUCCGACGUGGACGACCACACUCGCCCUCCUAACCGCUCAAGAUCGGAUACCUCGAGCUCCUUGAAAGAACGGAGACCUAAGUCUCGUACAAGCACAACUAGCCUACAGUCUGUUGACGUUGGUAAUUCCUUCCAGCCACAAUCGCAUUCGGUUCCGCCAGAGCAACAACAACAAUACAUGCACAUGCAACCUCACCCAGGACAGGUCCCUAUACAAGCUCAUGGAGCCCCAACAGCUAUGGUCAAUUCGUACCAGCAGCACAUGCCAUCACAGGUACCAUAUGCGCAACCCCACAUGGACCCAAACCAUGGCGUUGCUCAGCACGACAUGCGCCCAGUGUCGCAGCAAGGCUUCCACGACAAUGCCUACGCCAUGCCAUUCAACGGUAUGCCUCAAUACCAGCCUCACAUGCAGCACUUUCGUCGGCAAUCGGAACACUACGAGGGCUCGCCUGCUCCAGAGGACUCAAACAACGAGAACAAGCGAAGAAAAGGUACCGCCUCCACCUUAGCUAAUGACCAAGAGCUGCGCCGCCUCCUUCAGCAGCACCAGGGAAAGAGCUUGAAGGAAGUGGCCCAAGAAGUUCAGAAGACCGAAGGUCACAAUGGUGGAAAGGCCGAGAAGGCGAAGCAAGUCUUUGCUAUGCUCUGGCUACGAGAAAGCUGUGUGCGAAGUAGCAGCUCCGUUAGAAGAGAUCGUGUCUUUGCGAGAUACACGGAACGUUGUGGUGGCGAGCGUGUUCCAACCCUCAACCCUGCUUCCUUCGGCAAGCUGGUCAGAAUCAUCUUUCCAAAUGUCCAAACACGUCGACUCGGUGUCCGUGGCGAGUCAAAGUACCACUACGUCGACCUGUCUCUUGUCGCCAACGAUGAUGACGAACGUAUGUACGCUGCAAAUACAUCGCUGUCUCGACCUGCUACAGCUGGCGGCGCUGCAACAGACACCGACGGCCCCACCGAUAGCAAGACCCAUCAACCUCGAGCUUCCACGUUGGAUGGUCGGCCGAAUUCUCGACACAGUAUGGAAACGGCUGACUUUCCUGCUCCUAGCAAUUCAUUGCCUCCGCCAUCAGCACCUGCACCCGUCCCCGAUUCUCAACCUUCAACGAACCAAUCUUACUGGCUCGAUUGCCAGUAUCACAAUACACCAACCAUCCAGAUACCUACCAAGGGCCAGACCAACAAUCUCGUCGCAGCUCUCCCUAAAUUUCGCCCAAAUGCUCCGGGCUGCAUUGCAACGUACCUUGCCAUGCCGAGCCCUCACCUGGUAUCUCAGCAGGAAUCCUCCGGACAAGACGCCCCGGUUGAGCUCCCCGACAUUGCUCCGUAUCUGGUUGGCGUCGAGCACGAUGCAGACAUUGCCAAGUCGUUGUUUCACUUAUAUCGAUCUUAUUGUACAGAUGUUAUCGACUCAUUCCGCAAGUGUCGCGAAAAGAACUUCUUCAACCAUCACUCAGCGUUCAAUGGCAAGAUGACUGUGCCAGUCUCUAAAUUGUUCACUCUAGAGUGUCUCGCUCCGUGGAUUCAAGAGUGCGAUAUGCGCAUGUAUAAGCAGAUUGCCAAGUUUACUGCACCUCUGGUCCUCCAGAAUGUGCCUGACAUGGUAUGGGGUGUCUUUGAGCGCGUAGCUGUCAAGCUCGUACAGCACAUCAUCAAUUCAUUCGAAGAGAAGUGUCCAGUCCAUGUUGUGGUUGCGAAGACUGUGCCUGCUGCUCGAUUCGCCAACUUGCUCAAGAAGCUCAAGACUGCCAAUACCGCCACGCUUCAAAUGAGUCGCCUGCUGGAAGAUGGCAAUACCCGUACACAGAUGUGGCUCGACCUACUUGUCAUGGUCACUCCUGAGACUGUACUCGACUCUAGCAAUCCGCCUAUGGAAUGCCUGUCUAGUGUCAAGGGUGUACUCAAGCAUGAUCUCCGCACCCUCCUGGACCCGCUCCACGGGCCUCUGACGACUGCUGCGGAAGAGGAUCCUACCAGCACCUACGUAGGCUUCCUUAACGACCCAUCUGGAGGCCUCCCUGGCGUUCUUAGCUUUGACGUCUUGGACCAACCUAUGGCGCUCCUGGACAAGUGGAUCAGCUGGCUGCAAUGCCUUCCCGAGACUUUUGAAGGCCAUCAUCCACAGUGCAUGCUUGGCUGGCACAAGGGUUUCUGGGACAGCAUACUCGCUGAGGUCGGCAACAAUGGUGCAACUAGCUUCCAGGCCUGGUGGUAUGCCAAAACUUUUGCUGUUUCCUUGCUCUCAUGGAUGGCUGAAAUGCAAGGCCUGUUGAUGUGUGAGGCCGAUCAGAAAUUGAUGGAUGCCCGCGAGAUGGAGAAGAUGCAGCAGCACCUCAGUUCGUCAACGUCGUCUAAUCCAGGGAAGCGUAAGCGAGACGCCGACGACUCUAAUGCUUGGACUAGUCGACCUGCGAAGCGUCACACCUCCUAUCCGCUCCCAGGCUCGAUCGAAACCACUCAUAUUCAUGCCACUGCCCGGUCAUCUGCUCUUGAGGCACGAUCUGCUACUGUGGAACCAACGCUGCCUGAACUUCCACAGACCGCAGAUUCUGACGAGACAGACGCAGAAAUGGACGAGCUUCGUCGUGGUGGACCUCUACAUCUGCCAAGCAUCGGCCUGGGCUUUCACACCGGCCUCACCUCGCCACUAAAAAUGAGCAAGACGCCGAUGCGGGCGGGCGUAGGUGGCGUCAACGACGAUUCGGGAAUCGACCUGGGCCUCGACAUUGACAUGGAAGCCGAAAAAGAAGCCAAAAAGUUCCGCAAGGCGGACUGGCUGGUCAGCCUGAGCAGUGACCCUGUCGACGGCGCCGGCAUGGGAUCAGGAGUGAUUGUCUAA